GCGUGGACAAGAGGAGGCUGAAAAAGCAGCGUUCAAGAAAAUCCAUCUGUAUGUGUGUUGUUGUUGGUGCGCCGUUGCGAAAAAUACAACCAAUUUUCAUGUAUUUGCACAAAACGUUGGUUACAUAAAAAUAAGAAAAAAUCCUCGAGUAACCAAAUAAAUUUUAGCGCAAAUCUUAACACAAUACUGCUACGAACAUUCAAAAAGCAAAUAUAAAAAUGUUGUACCAACGCAGUUGAUUAAGACAAACACAAAAAACAAAAAACCAAACCAAACAAAACCAAAUAUAAUAAAUAAAACAAAUAACAACCAAAACCAACACUAAAUAAAUUUAAUAAUAAAAGUAUUCAUAACAAUAAGCGUUUAAGCCCUAAGAACUAAUAGUUUAAAAGUCUAACUGACAGACAGACAGACAAAGAGAGAGAGAGAGAGAGACACCCUCCUUUGACCUGGUGCAACCGAAACUGAACAGUACUUAAAACCAACACAAAAAAAAAACAAGCUCGAAAAUGGCCGAAAAGAAGAUUGGUGAAUACUAUUCUCCGCCGCCAAAGAUGGGCAAAUGGGAGGGUUUCAGAAAAUUCAUAUGGAACAGUGAAACUAGCCAAUGCCUUGGACGCACCGGUUCCAGUUGGGCAAAAAUUUUACUUUUCUACAUUAUAUUCUAUGCGGCGUUAACCGGAUUCUUUGCUGCCAUAUUUGCUGUGUUUUAUCAAACGUUGGAGGCUGAUAAGCCGAAAUGGAUGCUUGACAAUGGAUUGAUUGGAUCAAAUCCAGGACUUGGCUUUCGACCAAUGCCCCCAGAGGCGAAUGUUGAGAGCACAUUAGUUUGGUACGAAUCAUCGAAGGAACAUAACUAUAAGUAUUGGGUUGAUGAAACUGCACGAUUUCUGAAAUCUUAUGAUGAUGUACCUAAGGAGAAUCAAGUGAACUGUUCAUUCGAGAAUCCGCCAACAGGCGGCAAAGUAUGCGGCGUUGAGGUUCACAGCUUUGCGCCCUGCACUAUCGAUAAUAAUUUUGGCUAUCAUGUCUCAAGGCCCUGCAUAUUCCUCAAGUUGAACAAGAUCUAUAAUUGGGUACCGGAAAUUUACAACGAUUCAACGAAAUUGCCCGCUGACAUGCCCGAGGAUUUGAAGCAGCACAUCAAGCAAAAGCAGACCCUACGACCAAAUGAGAUUGGUGUUGUUUGGGUAUCGUGUGAGGGAGAAAAUCCUGCCGAUGUGGAGAACAUUAAAGCUCGUGAUUAUUAUCCCCGCAUGGGUUUCCCCCAUUAUUACUUCCCGUUCAAAAAUGAUGCUGGCUACAUUCCGCCAAUUGUUGCUGUUCAAUUUACUGUUGAAACCGGCGUCUUGAUCAACAUUGAGUGCAAAGCCUGGGCUAAAAACAUUCAUCAUGAUCGCUCGGAUAGGAGAGGAUCCGUCCAUUUUGAGUUAAUGGUCGACUAAGAGAAACGCAAUGGAACAGUAUCAUGAAGCAGCUUCACAAGCUACAAAGAAAAGCAACAGAAAGGAAGUACGGCAAGGCAGUGGAAUGAAGGAAGGAAGGAAGGAUGUUCAGAGGAAAAAAUGGAUCCGAUAAGGGAUGCAAGUGGAGGUGGCUCGAAAUAGGCAUACAAAAAAUGAAGAUUAAGAUGAAAGUUAAGCAAAGUCACGUUUAAUAAAAAAUAUAAACGGUGACAAACCACACACAAAAAAAGUAGCAGCAAGAAAACCAAAAAAAAAAAAAAAAAAGAACAAAGGCAAAAUAAAAGCUAAAGUAAUAUAAUAAUGAAAAAUAAAUACAGCAACAACCAAAGAAAAAAAACUAAAACAAAGCUACAAGAAUAAAAAUAAAAGCAAAAAAAAAAUAAAUAAAAAUAAUAUUACUAAAUCUAGCGCUAAAAUGCUAAAACUACCCAACGCUAUCAAAACGCCCACACUCAAUUACACACAUCUACACAAACCCAUACACAUACAGACGAAAAUACAAACUUAAUUUGUUAGGAGAAUUUUAUUUAGUUAACAAUUUAGGCAAAAUAGAAAAUGGUUAAAAUUGGCAAGUCACAUAAUUUAGCGCAAAUAUGAUAAUAAACAAAAAAAAAAGUAUAAAUAAAAACAAAUUGUUGUUAACAAAUUCUGUUUUGUUUUUGGUGUAAUUUAAUAAAGAUAUAAACGACAAACAGCGCAGCGAACAAAUUAUAAAAAAAAAAUGAAUGCAGCAACUGUUCUUAAAUCAAGGAGACACGUGUUAUAAAAAAAAAUUAUUUAUAUUUAUAAUAUUUAAAAGAAAUACUUAUAUAUAUAAAAAGAAAGCUAAAAGAUAAUACAUACAAAAUUGGAAUGCAUAUAUAAACACAACAUAUGUAUACAAACAUACAUAAUUGCAUACAUUAGUUCCAAAAUUCCAAAGACCCAAUAUAAUUUGUUUAAAUUUAUUUUAAAUUUAAACAGGCGACAUUAAUUUCAUAAACAGCAAAAUCAAAUCAUAAAGAAAUGUAUAACUUCAUAUUUCUAAAGCAAACAUAACUGUAGAAUAAAAAAAAAAAAAACAAGUGAAUGAGAAUAACUGCAAGGCAAAGUAAAAGAACAAGAAAACCAAGGCGCAGAAUAUUUGAUACACACAAAAUAAACAAAAGCAUAUAAAUGCAAAGAAAACCACAACAACACAUUUAAAAUUAGUACUCUUCACUUAUUAUGAAAAAAAAUAUAACAAAAAAAGAAAAAAACAAAAAAUAAACAAGAUCAUUAAUGUGAAAAUUGCAUGAAAAUAAAAAGAAAUAUACCAAAAAAUAACAACAACAAAAUACAACAAAAAUACUAUAAAAUAUAAUAACAAUUGAGGCAAAACCGAUAAAUAUAGCUGAAAGUAAAGUACAGAGUAACUGGUUACAAUAAAAACAAAAAGAGUAUAUAACAUUAAAAUAUAUUAUGUAUACAAAGGAAUCCCAAAGAAAGAAUAAUAAUAAUAAAACAAACUAAAUAACUAAAACCCUACCGUUUCGAUAUAACAUUUUUAACAACCAUCUCUUAGCAGACGUAAAACCUGAACACAGGGGCGAUCCACUCAAAUGACCCGCAAAACCAACUGCAACCGAAAGAAAGAUAAAAUGAAAGAAAGUGAGGACAGCUGCAAUUCCUACGACACUCCCUACCAUCCACUGUUUAGAAGUAUUUCAAAAUAGUUGGAUUUUUUUGGAUUUCUCUUUCGUAAAAAUAAUUUUUAAUGAUUUAUUUUACUCUAAAAAGUUACUUUAUAUCUUCAAAUUAUUCAGUUUUUAGUAAAGACAUAUUCAUUUAAAGGCCCCAUCUAACUAAAUAACUUUCUCACUCUCUUGAGACCUUUCCCCACCCCACAUAAAAAAAUAAAGAAAAUAAAAGAAACAAAUUUUUUAAAAAAUCUAUAAAAUCGAAUAAAAAGCUUAAUCUCUUAAAUGGCAUACUAAGCUUUAUAACUAACCCCCUUUUACCAUCCACUUAACUAGUGCUAGUCUUAAGUGUAAGAAGCAAAUAAAAACCAAACCCAACCAAAAACAAAAUGAUUAUAAAAUUAAACAUGAAAUGUUAUAAAGUUUUGCUACAGAUGAAGCAGUCUCUAAAUAAUAGUUUAAUGGAAAAUGUUAUACUUAAAUAUAUAUUAUAAAUAUAUUAUUAUAAAAUAAAAUACAUUUAUUAAAUGAAUUUAAAAGUAAAGCAAAGUCAUAGGCAAUUCUGGUUGAAUGUUCCCCAAAUAAAAGUGGGUUACCCUUGUCGUCUGAACUAACCUAACCGAACAAUUGUAUAACCUUUUUUCAUAUAGAUUUCCUAUUAAUUUUGCAAUUGUUUUAAUACAUUCCAUAAUUAUUUCAGCAUAAAUUGUAAAAAUUAAGCAUUAUAUUUAAUUGAAAGUAAAAAAACUCCGAACAAGUUGCGAUGAAGUUACUUCUAAAAUUUUAAGAACUUUUAGUAUUCUAAAUGAAGAAUUCCAACAACUUGUUUGCAACAUAGAUUUCGAAAAGAAUUUUCUAGUGCAUGUUUUACAAUACAUUGAAACAAAUUACAAAAAGCAAAACAAAGCAAUUAGUUAAGUAGUGAAAUAAAAUGCUGCAGCUUGCAUUAAGCAAAAUAUGUAAACACGAGUUGUGAGAUAACUCAAUUUUUUGGAGCAGUCGCGGGCAGCCGUAAAACUUAAGAAUAAAUUAAUUAAAAAAUCCCAUAGCUAUUUGUGAGUUAUAUUAAAUUGGAUUGCUUUGUUUUUAAACAGAAUUUCUACGCACAAAAUUUCACUUCAACAAUUGUUUUUCGACCGGGCAAAGUGUGUUCCCAAAACCGCCGAUAAAUAUUAGUAGUUUAUAUAGGGUAACAAAAGCUAUAAAAAAUAUAUAAAUUUAAAAAAAAGUAUAAAAUAUAUAUAAAUAUAAAAACUGCCAAGUAAAUGUUUGACCCUCUAGCGCGUGUAUUCAAAUUUUCAAAUGUUUAUGUAGAAAAAUUGGAUUUAGAAUCUUUAAAUUUCAAUUUAAUUCAUUAGAUAUCGGCCAAUAAAAAUUUAUUUGCACCAAAUGCUUGCAGAUCCAAACGGUUGCAUACUUUGUUGCACAAUCUAUUAGCAUGCGGCAACUACUAGAACACACUUGAAAAACAUAUUUAACAAGAAUAUAUAUGUAUAAACUGCCAUUUUUUACACCAAGUGUAUGGAAAAAAAAAAGAACAAAGAAACAAACACGAUUCAUGUGACUCUUUUGUGUGUAAACAGACAACUUACGUAAUUAGCACAAGGCAACUACAAUAAAUGUACAAUAAUUCUCAAAACGCAUCUUUUACUUUAUUCAGCAAUUUCACAACAAUCUACAAUUAGUUAACUAAUGCUCACAGCUUUGGAAACACUUGAGAGAUAGAUGCUGCUGAUAUUUCUAAGACCAGUUUUGAAACUGGUUCGAAAAAAUUCUUUUUCAAAAUGUGGCAGAUGUUUCUUUGGAAUUGUUUGACCAAUUUAAUAAACUAGUUCCACGUUAAAAAUUGACUAUGAAUUGUUCCAAAUGAACUUUUCAAUUAGUUCGUUUAGUUUCAGUUCAUUCGAUUUUUCAAAUCUACUCAAGUUGCCACGACACGACUGAGUAUUCAUGAUAGAUAAAAAGACACUGCCACGCCCACACAAUUUGGCAAGUAUUCGAAAGAUUCCAACGGAAGAAAAGCGUGAAGUAUGCAAUUUUUGGAUCAUUAUUUGCCCGAGACCUCUCUCACAACACGUGCAAAGCAGCGAAAAAUAGAAAAAAAAAAUGUUUU